CCAUCAAAGACAUUUCCACCUGCAAAAACAGCUCUUGAUGCAGCCCGUAAUGGGUUUGAAUUCUACAAACAGCUUCAAACAGAGGAUGGGCAUUGGGCGGGCGAAUAUGGCGGUCCAAUGUUCCUGCUUCCUGGUUUAGUCAUUUCGAUGUAUGUCACGAAAUUGCCAGUGCCUGAAGAAUGGAAGAUUGAGAUUGUGAAAUAUCUGUUCAAUCGCGCACAUCCUGAAGACGGGGGGUGGGGAAUACACAUCGAAGGACAUUCGACAGUAUUUGGUACCGCAUUGAAUUAUGUGGUGCUCAGGCUGCUAGGCAUCGAUGCAGACCAUCCAGUUCUAGUCAAGGCAAGAGCUACGCUGCAUAAACUCGGCGGUGCUACCGGAAUUCCAUCAUGGGGAAAGUUUUGGCUUGCUGUUUUGAACUGUUACGAUUGGGAUGGUCUUAACCCGAUUCCGCCCGAACUCUGGCUACUUCCUUACUGGCUUCCAUUUCACCCAGGAAGAUUUUGGGUUCAUACGCGUAAUGUCUAUCUUCCAAUGGGAUACAUGUAUGGUAGACGUUUAUCGACCGACGUGAAUCCACUUAUUAAGUCUUUACGGCAAGAACUUUACACUCAGCCGUAUGAAUCUAUACAUUGGAGCAAUCAAAGAAGCAAUAUUGCUCAAGCUGAUGUGUAUGCUUCACAUACAAAAAUUCUGAAAGUUUUAAAUUUCUUCCUGGAUGUCUACGAAAAAUUACCCGAUCUGAUUGGGCUUCGUGAUAUGGCGAUUAAAGAGAGUUAUAAACUUGUAGAACUCGAAGAUAAAAACACUUUCUACCUUGAUCUUGGCCCGGUUAAUAAGGCUAUCAAUCUCCUCUGUGUGUAUUUUGAAGAAGGGCCAGAGUCACAAGCGUUCCAAGAGUCCAAAGAAAGACUUAUUGAUUUCAUGUGGUUAGGCAAGGAAGGAAUGAUGAUGAAUGGAACAAAUGGCUCUCAAUUAUGGGACACUGCAUUCAUGGUACAAGCAUUGGUUGAGUCAGGACUCGCGGAAGAACCACAAAACCACGAGUCAAUGAUCCAUGCUCUAGAAUUUAUAGACGACUGUCAAAUAAAGUCUAAUGCUUCCGAGAUGGAAAGAUGUUAUCGACAUUGCUCAAAGGGUGCAUGGCCAUUCAGCACACGUCAUCAAGGAUACACUGUAUCUGAUUGCACAGCGGAAGGGUUGAAAUCCGUGAUAUAUUUACAGAAUGAACUGAGCUACACAAAAGAACUGGUGUCAAAAGAUCGCCUAUACGAUGCCGUCGAUGUUCUACUAACUAUGCAGAAUGCCGACGGUGGGUUCGCUAGUUACGAGCUAGUACGUGGUCCAAAGAUUCUAGAAUGGAUUAAUCCAGCUGAAGUAUUCGGGAAGAUAAUGAUUGAAUACAGUUAUCCUGAAUGUACUACUUCUGUAUUGACGGGCCUAUGCAUAUUCCGAAAACAUUAUCCGGACUAUCGGGCAGAUGAAAUCAUUAGUGUUUGCGAAAAGGCAGCAGAUUUCAUAAAAAAAUCCCAAGGCGAAGAUGGGGGUUGGUAUGGUUCGUGGGCCAUCUGCUACACAUACGCUGGAAUGUUUGCUUUGGAAAGUCUGGCUAAUUUUGGGGAAUUCUACGAUAAUAGUGAGGUCUCUAAGAAAGGUUGCGACUUUCUCAUCUCAACGCAAAAAUCAGAUGGUGGUUGGGGUGAAUCAUAUAAGUCCUGUGAAUUAAGUAAGUUCGUAGAACAUUACCAGUCACAAGUUGUCAAUACUGCAAUGGCACUUUUAGCGUUAAUGUCAGCUCGAUAUCCGCAUGAAGAACCUAUUCGCCGUGGUAUUAAAUUGAUCAUGUCCAGACAGCAGGCGAAUGGUGAAUGGCUUCAAGAAGCCAUCGAGGGUGUAUUCAACAAGAACUGUAUGAUUUCGUAUCCUAAUUACAAGUUUGCAUUUACGAUCUGGGCAUUAGGACGUUACGCCAAAAUGUAUAAUAAUCCACUUCUAUUAUAA